AUGGGCAGCAUCUCCCUCUCCCAGACGGAUCCCACCGCCACCAAGAAUACAGACCUCCCAACCUUCAAGACCCCAUGGCACCCGACCCCCUUAAUCGAAUCCACCACCCUCUCUCGCGCCGCGGGGUGCCGGAUCUUCCUGAAGCUGGAGAACCUGCAACCGAGCGGCUCCUUCAAGUCGCGGGCCAUGGGCAACCAGAUCCUGUCGCACCUGCGCAAGGCCGAGCACGCCCACCGCGCCGUCCACUUCUACGCCUCCUCCGGCGGCAACGCGGGGCUGGCCGCCGUCUGCGCCGCCCGCACCCUCGGCUACCCCUGCACCGUCGUGGUGCCCGUCUCCACCAAGCCCCUGAUGGUGACGAAGCUGCGGCGCGCCGGGGCGGCGGACGUCAUCCAGCACGGGGAGACGUUCGCGGAGGCCGGCUUGUAUAUGAAGGAGGUUGUCAUGCAAACACAAUCUGCCGGAGAGGAGGAGGUGGUGAAGAUUGCGCUGCAUCCGUUUGAUAAUGAGCCCAUCUGGGAGGGCAACAGUACCAUCGUCGAUGAAUUGGUGCAUCAGAUCCCUUCGCCGGCGGGGCCGGAGGAGGAGGCUAUCCAUGCCGGACGGGCGUUGCCUGUCGAUGCGAUCAUUUGUAGUGUUGGGGGUGGCGGGUUGUUGAAUGGGUUGGUGGCGGGGAUUGAGCGGGCGCGGCUGUCAUCGUCGUCGUUGGCUGAGCCGGUCAAGCCGGUGCAUCUGCUCGCCGUGGAGACCAAGGGCACGGAUUCCCUGGCCGCCGCGCUGCAGCAUCAGGAGCUGGUCUCCCUGCCCAAGAUCACCUCGCAGGCUACCUCGUUGGGCGCGGUGCGCGUCUCCGAACGCACCUUCCAGUAUGCCGUGAACCCGCCCUCGGGCGUCAAGGUGCAUAGUGCCGUGUUGUCGGAUGCGGAGGCGGCCAGGGGCGUGUUGCGGCUCGCGGAUGAGGAGCGGAUGUUGGUCGAAUUGGCGUGUGGGGUUUGUGUCGAGGCGGCCGUUGGCGGUGGUUCGUCGUCGUCGUCAGCAUAUAAGAAAAGGAAGUAUGUGGAUGAAGGUUACGGGGAUGAUCGGCUGUCGGCUGGGGAGAAUGACGACGAGGGCUUCUCGCCCGUGCACUCCCCUUUGCCUGCGGCGGCAUCGCUGUCGUCGAAAUUGAAACAGUUGAUCCCCGACUUGAAUGAGGACAGCCGCGUGGUCAUCGUUGUUUGUGGCGGCAGCAAUGUCACCAUCGAUAUGGCGGCGGAAUGGCGGAAGAUGCUGAGUGAGGGCUGGGCUUGA